AUGGACAACAUCUUUGAGGCCUCAUGGGAGAAGAGCGGUGCAGACCCAAAGCUGAGGACCGGUGACGGUCUGGCGGACGCGGCAGUGGAUCCACGAUACUUUCGGGACACGGGUCUUUCAAUUCCCACCAGGUUCGUCGACAAUGCUAUUGUGGAAGACUUUGAUUACGUUCAUACGGCCACCAGCCUUGGUUUGUCCACCGAGGGCUGUCACUGCAAGUUGUGCCUCGCCGUCGAUACCGUAACUAGGGCACUAUUCGCGAGGAACGUUGCCCUUGGAGACCUCGGGAAUACCAUUGUCUCAGCCAUAGUUUCGGUCGACCUAUGUCUGAAAGCCAGGGAAAUUGCUACCUCAAAGGGGACGGCAGUUUCGAGGGGGUACGUCAAGUUUGUCCCGGCACUUCCCAGUGAUUCCGGCCACUCAAAGAUUGAAGGCAAAGUGCACACAAAGGGAGAUGGGGUCGGCCAGGUACGAAGUGCCGAAAUGGCCAAGUUGUUUCAAGCUUUCGAGGCCAGGGGAGUUAUGCGGAACACCUGCGUGUACAGUGUUAGUACCGCCUACGACUUUUUCGUCUACGGAGGACCAUAUGGGGGACUGUGGGCGAUGCUUGAUACUCAGUUCCUCUACGACUACGCAAUCGGAAGUCGACCCGACUGUGAAGCUGAGCUAGAGUCGAUACGACAACGCUGUGUCAACGUGGGUAAAGGUGCUGGCCACGAAUACGUUGGCGACGGAGUAUCUCUGAAACUUGCCAACUACGUGCAGACAAAGUUCAAGUUGGAAAUGGAGGAAGCCGCCAGGACCACCGGAAGAAGCGCCUCGGGUUAUGUGAUAUGGAGCGACCUGAGGGCCAUGUGCGCGUUUCGGUGCACGGACGCCAUUUUUAUCAACGUGGCGUAUGACUGCCGCGGGGACGAUGCUUCAUUACUUAUACUGGGCGGCUUGGUGUCAGUACACGAUCUCAUUGACUUGGGUUACGACAUUGCAGCUGGGGAAAUGGGGAACAUCUUGCCUACAAUGUGUGGUGGGGACCUCGGACCCGAGUCAUUGUCGAGAGCCUACGCUCGGAUCGGCGCACUAUUGACGUGGACGAUGGAAAACCGCAAGUACGAACCAGACUCACUGGGUAUCCUCUCGACAUUCAUAUGGCAGCUGUCCAAUGCUCGCCACCGCGUCAUGGAGAACGCUGCCGCGGUUCCAGAAAGCCUCAGAGUCAGAGUGGACUGGAGGUUCGAAGCACCGAUGCCUGUCUACCAAGACCUCGUUGACGACUCGAGGUUCGCACAGAACCCUCCAGAACAAUUCCCAAUCACGAUACCUUGGUCUGGAGAGGUGGUGAUGGGCGGUCAUGCGCUCUUGCGUGUUGUUACGCAAGCUACGAGGCCAGAAGAACAAGAGGUGGUGGAAUUGUUUUUGAUCAAGUUCUUGACGGGGGCCACACAGCCGGAGUAUGACAUAUACAACCCCGCCGCUCUGAGGUUGAUGUGUGACGAUGACUGGCAACGCAAAGUCGACUUCACCUGGGCCCUCUGCCUAGCAAUGCACUUGGAGGGCGUUUUAUACGCGGCUGCCGUUAGUUCGCUCAGGAUCACCAGGAGCCGCCCCGCGAAUGAUGACAGGGCGGGAAUGGGGUACGAGGACAGGUCGUGGUAG